AUGUGCAUAAACGUCGAGGGUGUUUCUCGGAGAAAAUAACUUCCCAGUGCGUUGUAAAUCGAAGAAAUGUCCUCGUGGCUCCGUCGUGCUGUGGGCGACGAAACAAUUUUUUCAAACCUCAUACAGCCGACUACGUACUCGCCGCCUGUCUUCUUCCGUACGUUUACAUGUAGCAUGUACUCAAAACGCCUCUUUGCGCGAUAAGUCUUAGCUUUGCUUUAUGACACUCGCAUCCCAAGAGUGUCUGUUCGUCGGAAGGAUCGUUCCAGCGACGUCAACCUUAAUGGCACCAUCAGCGUCCACAUUCUGCCCUACCAGCAGUAUCUUCAAAACAUUGCCGGCCUCGUUGGCCUUCGUUGCAGUAAAUCAGUAACAACUGCAGGACCAUCACAGCGAUAGGUAAGGAUGAAGCAGGUCCAGGUCCAGUAAGGAACUUUUCAUCGCGCCUCAUCCCCGUGCUUGGUGUAAUUCCUGUGCUGUUGACGCGACUAGGACUACUUAGACAUCAUGCCGUCUCUCACCACAAAAACGAGUCCUGGAAAGGAGCAAGCGAGCGGCUCGUCACUGCUGAAUCCACCGGCGCGUUUUGCUGCAGGUAAAACUAUUGUUUCUGCUUCAUCACAAGAACAGCGGCUUAUUGAUAAACCUUUUUUAUGAUCCAUCGGAAGGGACAAAACUAAUCAAAACUGUUGUCGUGCUUCUACUUACGCGAAGUAAAGCGCAAGAAGAAUUUAUACCAAUCUACUGUAGGACGUACGAUUUCAUGCGGACAAAAAAUUAUGAAAAAUGAUCCCAACGCUAUUUUUUUUCGAGAGAGUUUUUUUUUAAACGUACGUAUACUUUUCAUUGUCAACCAAAACCAGGCUCCACACAACGACCAACUCCGUCCGUCUCCGGCAAAGUCGACCCGAAUAGCGCCGCCUCUUCCCUUGUCGGGCUUCCCGCGGCCCGAAUCGGCAUCGAACCGCCACGGCGCACGGCGCAUUUGAUUUCUCCGGUGGAUCACAGCGUCGUUGGUGGAAACAAGAACAGCUCUUCGUCUUCUUCCUCUAAAGGAAAUAAUGUGCAGCCCUCGACGUCAACGACCACAAGUGCGUCUAGAAGUGCAGCGGUCGCAAAUGAUCCAUCCGCCGGCGGGAGACAGCAGAACCAGUUUCUCGCUGCCGCAAACAAUUCAUUUAUUUCUGGCAAAAACAUCAAACCGAGCGCCUCUAGUACAACUGCAGGCAGCGCGGUUGUAGCACAGCAAACCGGGGGCAGCUCCAAGCGCACGACCCGUGGCGACACGCUCUACGAAAGUCCGCGGAGCCAAUAUUCGACUACACGGAUGGACGAAAAUGCGCGAGGAUUAUACGACGAGGAUGACAGGAACACCACGAACGACAACUACGUCCGGGGUACCAUGUACGAGAGCCCGGAGAAGGAACUGCAGGAGCUGCAACAGGAAAAUAGUACUUACUCCGACCGAAACGGAAACGUCGGAGGACCCGUAGUAGCGCCCCCUGCUACCACGACCAGCGGCGCCGGUACGUCAUCCUCCUCCUUCCAAGACAAAGCGGAGCUGUUCCAGAAAGCGCAGCACUACCGACCCCCCAUCAGCAUGAACAACGCCAACAUUCUCGAGCAGGCCGCCGUGGGACGGAAAUCAGUCGCGGACCUCUCACACCGACAGCACUUUCGUCACGCGGACGACUCGAGUAUGAUGCGGUGCAGAAGUGUUGUCGUCGCAGUAGUGUUGUCUUAAGUUUGCAUGACAAAGAAGGCAUGAUCCUGUACGUAUUGUCUAAAACAUUUCGGACGAUCAGGACGGAUCGAUGCCUUUGUCGAGGAAAAGGGAAUGAAAUUAUCGAGAAAGAUUGAUGAUUUACAUGUUCGUACACGAGAAUCUUCCAUCAAUCUAUCCGUACUUCUACCUAUGUUUAGUGUACUCUACGAUAUCGAUUCCGAUACUUUUGCACCGAAUAUCAGGGAGCAUGUUGUCCUCGUCACACAGCAGUGCGCAGGACGGAUCAGAAGGCGGAGCUAACGCGAAGGAAAAGCUGGUGCGGAAGCUAUGCAUUGCAAAAGUAUCGUACUAGUAUAAAUCGCAUGACAAAUUUGCUCAGCGUGAGAAAUGAAAUUUGUCAUGCUGUUUUACCUUGGAAAGGAGAUUUGUAAUGCAUGAUUGCAAUUACUACGAGUACGAUACUUUUGCACAGGAUAGAUGCCUGAUGGUAACGAUCAUAUUUUUAGAAACACGGCUGUUGCAGCACAGGCACAAGACAUGUAAGACCGGUGAAUGAAACAAGUCACUUUUCUGAGUAGGGACAGAGUAACACUUGUCCUUGUCAACCUUACCUUUGACAAAGAUAGAAAAAGACCAACGGCCCCCGAGGCUCGCGGGUUCAUCUUUUUUUCGUUUUUAUCCUGCAAAAGCAAAACACCACCGGUCUCCGUCUCAUUGUUUGAAUAUAGAAAUUGUGCCGGUCUGCUGGAACAACAAUCAAGUCGUUUUUUCACGUUUCCUAUGCUACUACAGGUACUCUGCAGCGUUGCGGCUCUCCGUCGAACGCCACGAGGCGCAGCAUGCACAACUUGCAUCGCAACUUCGAGAACCAUCCGCGCACCACCCAUAUUUACGGCCACAACUACCGGGGGGCGGACGCGGCGGAGGCCAUCCAGGCCGGCCGGAAAACCGCCGUCGCCGGGCAGGCAGAUGCCAAAUACGAGUCGCCAAAAUACAAGUUCCAAGGCCCCUCGCCCGACAAAAUCGACGGUCUGGCGCUUCUGAAACAGAAAAAGCUCGAGCAGGACAUGAACGAGGAUGGUGGCAGUGAAUCCAUGAUGCAGAGUCGCAAGAGCCAGAAGCCGACCCCUUCGCGCUCCCUUUCUCGCGCGGCACGUGUUCGCAGAAAAAGACGGCGGACUGCGGUGCGGGAAGCGACCAAGCGCCGCACGGACGCGAGGCGAAAGCGCAAUCUGGAAGACUCGACGUCCUCGUUAUCGGGGUGCACAACUCCCCGUCCUUUCCGUCCCCACCGCUCAUUUGUAAUGCAAAAUACCAAUCUACCCCGCCUUUCCCUAUCCCUUUGGUACUGCCUGCAUGACAGGUUCUUCCGGAAGCCGAAACAGCACUAGAGUCGGAGGUCGUGAAAUUGUCAUACAAGAAAUGCGUUAUGUUGCUGUAGAUGCCAUAGCCAUCCAAAUAAGAGGGAGCAGGGGGUCGGAGGACUUGUGCACUUUCAUACUGCUCGGAAGAUCAUGAGGAUGAGGAGCACCAGGAUCACGACUCUGAGCUGGACGACAUUGACGGUCAACACGAACAACAUGGAAAUAAAUCCCGCAACUACCGACCGAGAAACGAUCUCCACGACAUUUCCUUCUCUCCCGACCAAGACCGCCAGCAGCAGUUUCAGUUUCAGCAGGAUCAUCACGAUGCUCCUCGCGAAGAGGAGCUCGGUUUUCUUGACGAUCGGACGCGUGAGCCGCGAGGUGGAGGCAGCGUUGCAUUAAAAGAAGGUCGACAUCUUCACCAGCAAAACAACGGCCACGACACGCGUCGUGAAGAGCUGCACUAUGACGAAUUUCAUCACGACAGAGACGUUUAUCUCGAGAACUACAACGACGGCAGCGCCUGCUCGGAGGUGAUCAAUUACAACAACCGGCAAAAAGAUAUGCAUUGCAAAAGCACCGUACCAGUAGUGCGAAGUGCAUACACAAAUUUUUUCAAGAACACGAAUACAACUUGCCAUGCUAUGUCAGGCAGAAAGGAUACACUUGUAUGUUAUGCAUGACUGCAAUGACUACGAGUGCGAUAUUACUUUUGCAAAGCAUACAGAAACAACAGCCUAAGCUUUUCACGCCAGUCGAGCUUGAGCCGGGGCCCAACUUUUACGGGUCUUCCUCCCGAAAACUGGCGCAGCACGAGGAGCUGCAGGCAAGAUCACCACCCUUGCUUGUUCCCGGCGUCGGAGGGAGAAGUAGUUCUAGUCGGCGAGGUGGAGCAGGUCAAAACUACAGAGCCGAUUCGCUCGUCGUGCAAAACGACGAGGACGCAACAUUUACUGUCGAAAAUAACGAAGAGAAGGAACAAGAUGCACAAAGCUACAUGAGUCAGCGGGAUAAAAUCGCGAAUUUCUACCCACCAGCGCGUUCCUCGUCCCGCGCUUCCUCAACGGCGUAUCGCAACGAGACUCUGCAGCCAGGGCAGCUCGAGGACAAAGUGCCGCAACCCAGAGGGAGUUUGAAACGCGGCUCUCCGGUGGUCGACCAACCAGCUCCGCAGUAUGGCAUGCUGGACGACAGGAAAAUGCAUUAUGCCAACGAUCGCAGCAUUGGCGCAGAACAAAGGACGGGCCGCCCUGGUUCACAACAAUUCCGCAACGGAUCAUUACGGCAGGAGAACAACGACAGGCUCUUGUACAGCAACCACCGGGGGUCCACCCAUGCUGCGGAACUACAACCGGCUCGCGGGCGGACGCCUCCGCCCGGACAGGGCGCCUCGCUCGUCGAUCAGCGAGAGUUCUCGUCGUCCGUUUCGGGGUCCGCCUUGCCCUCUCAUCUCUAUCCCCCCACUUCCAGUUUGCUGUUGCAAAAUCGCCAGGUCAACAUUGCAGAAAAUAUCAAAAGGAAAAAUCCCCCCUCCCCAUAUUGGAAACGGAAGAUGCGCGAAUUUGUGAUGCUGUAUUUGAGUACACAAAUCGACUUGUAUUGCUAAGAGGCCAAGAGACGAAGCUGCGGCCUAAAUUGCAGGUAAUCUGUCAUGCUGUUUCCCACUUCCAGCUGCCUCCUGUCAUCCUGGAGCUGCAAGGCUUUCCCACGCUAGACAGCACUACAGUCCGCAUCUUUUGCCUUCUAGCAUCACAAAGCUGAUUUGUGACCACAAAUCUGCAUCACAGAUUUCCGUUUUGAUAUGGGGAGGGGGCAUUUUUCCUCGCAAUAGAAAACUUCCGGAAUUCACUGGCGGCGAGGGGCAGUGGCGGGAGUUUAACGGGCAUCAGUGGAUUGAACGUUGUGUCGAACCUAUGCAAGGAAAAAACUGUUUCACUGUGAACUUGUGAUGCAGAAAAUGGAACACAGAACUACUUGUCUUGCUACACCUGCAAGACCUUGGAUUUUCAAGCGUGUUUUGCCUUGGGAAGCGCGCAUGACAGAUUUUCAGUGUCACGUGUAACAAACUUGUGAUGCAGAUCUUGCAAAAUCAUCACAGUGAAGUAGUUUUUUUGUGUGAUAGAACCUGCUGAAAGCGAAAAAGUUUGAGUCAUCUUCAGGUAGCGGUGCGGCCGGCGCUGCUACAGGUGGCUCAUUCAACAACGGAGGAGGAGGACCUGCAGGGGGUUCUUCGCACUUUGUUGUAAAUCAGAAUCGCAACGCGGCAAUGAUGAGUCAACGAAGCAUGACCGCCCACCCACGAGCGACCGGACCGCUCGGGGCCGUGGAAGGAGGUGGAGGCAAGAACUUCAACCCGAUAGUGAAUCAGAUACAGAUGAAGCGUCAGAUGAACCCUGAGCAGAUGAAAAAUAUUCGUCGGGAGCAGAGCGCGAAGGAGCUACAGCGGCAUACGAAUAAUUCUACUGGGACGAUGAACUCGAAUUCCAGUUGGAACUACGAUCCGCAGUACGUGAAGCGCGACUACAGUGGACCAGCCGCCAGCACCAUGCACCAAAGCACCGUUUUCAACUCCCAGCCGUUGCCGUACCCUUACCAGGCCCACGUCGCCAUAUGAAUUGCAAAAGUAUCGUACUCGUAUUGCAAUCAUGCAUUACGAAUCUUGUUCUUAAGGCAAAUCCGCAUUACAAAUUUCAUUUCUCAUGCUGAGGAAAUAAUUUGUAUAUGCAUUUGUACGAGUACGAUACUUUUGCACAGGAUACGCCAUGCAGCCGACCAAUUCCACUACGUCUGCUGGGGACGACGCUGAUGGUGCGAAGAACAAGCGCGUGUGGAGCUACACAUUGACCACUGCUGGCGUGUAUGGAUUGCAAAAAUGUCUGGGUCUGGAAGAUUGGAAGACUUGUCAUGCACAUUUUGCAUGACCCAUGACGCCUGUAAUGCAUGACUUAGCAUCACAGAUCUUUGGAGGGCUUUCUGAUGCCUGUUUCGCAUGAGAAAUGCCCUUUCCACGUAGCACAAAGUGAACUCCUCUGUCCGGUCAUGCAAUACAGAUUUUUUUAGAAUCCCAAGACAGCAUCACAAGUUCCAACCUUCCAGACCCAGACACUUUUGCAUUUGAUAGGGCGCGGCAGAAGGAAACCGAGAAUCUUGCCAGUGCUGGAGCCGUACCAGUGGGAGAGGACUUUGGAGGAACAAAUGAGAAAAAACCCACUAGUGGUCCCUCCGCUGCAGGGGCUACAACUGCAGCAGGUGCUCUAGUGUUGCAACCCUCGCCUAGAACUACGAUGGUGACGAAUUGCAAUCUUGCUGCAAGGAGUAGUCCUGUAGUUACAAGUACCAGUGCUGCUUCUACCAUUGGCUUCCGAGCAGGACACCCGCCCCAGCUCCGGCCACCCUACCUGGCCUCACCUAUGGGAGAGAGUUGUACUUCUUCGCUUGUUCGGCACCCGCAGUACAAUGGACGAGGACCAUAUGCAAGAAAAAAACUGUGUAAGUGUAAAUUUGUGUUGCAGAACAUGCAACAGAGUUACGCCUGUCAUGCCAGACAGCCAUGAAGUCCUCUUUUCAUGUGUGUUUUCCCUUACAAGCCACGCAUGACAGGUUUUCUCUGCCAUGCAGGGCAAAUUUGUGAUGCUGUUUCUCAAAGAAAGUUACACUUACACACUUUUUUUCCUGGAUAGACCACUGGGGUCCCUCCGACCGAGUCCUAUCGGCAGCGCUGCGCCUGCUCUGUAUCAAAACCAAAUUAUGUGUCUGGGUUUGGAAGGAAGCUUUAGCAGACACUUGCAGUCAUGCAGUUUUUUGUUUUUGCGUAUAUAGCGAAGGUCUGGAAAAGAAUGUACAGACCGCAUGACAAAUUCUGCGGGAUCCCCUCCAACAUGCCGAUUCUGCCUAAGAAAUACCCCCACAUCAUGUCGGAGACAAAAAUCCCACAUCUACUUUUGCGGACUAUGCAACACAGAUAUUCUUUGCCUCUUCAAGAAUCUUUCGCAUCAGAAGUUUUUGGUUUGCCCGACUCUUGUUCCAAACCCAGAUGGAUAUUUGCAAAUGCAUACUCUGCACGUGGCCGCCACCUCCACGUCCUCUCGGAGUACGUCGAAAUCAGCGAAAACAACGGAUUAUGCUGUGCAAAAGUAUCGCACUCGUAUUACUAUCUAUUAUAUUCAUGCGAAAAUAUGGGUUUGUAGAGGGUAGACGAGAGGUGGCCGGGAGGUAAAACAGAGGUCAAAAGAGGUCAAAAAGAGGUCGACAGAGGUGGAGAGGUGGCGCGGGAGGCAGUUCGAGAGGGUGCGCGAGAGGUGGCGCGGGUAUAGCCCGCCGAACCGCUCGCCCUUUAGGGCCGCUAAGCGCCUCGGAGGGUGCCGAGAGGAAAAAAAGAGGGCAAGCGAGAGGGGGACAGAGGUGCCGAGAGGUUGCGCGAAUAAGGGGAGACCUCUCGCGCACCCUCUGGGCCACCUCUCGACCACCUCUGUCGACCUCUAACCGCGAGUAUAGCCGGACUAUUAGCAACACCUCUCGGAAGAGGUGAAAAAGAGGGUCUGCGAGAGGGGUAAAAAAACCCGAAUCCGCCCGAGGCAGGGCUGUUUUUUUGCGGCCUUUUCGAGCAUAGGCCCGAACCCUCUCGCGCUACCGUCUCGCGCACCCUCUCGCGCACCCUCUCGCGCCAAUCUCUCGCGUCGGGCGGCUUCUGUUCGCCCCCGGUGUUCUUUGCAGCUGCCCCCUGCGCAGAGCGCCCGCAGGCGCGGGAAGCGCGCAAGCGGUCCUGCGGGUUGGCGCGGCGCAAACAGGCGGCCGGACCCGGCACCCAGUGUGCUUCGUCGUGCAUUAUAAUAUUGGGCCCGUGGCAUUGUGGCCCGAUUCGCAAAUAGUCCUGCCCCGCCCCAACAGCCUUGCGCCCCGGCGUCAGCCGGGGCAUGGCUGGUAACUAUAAAUGCAAGCCUUGCAUUACAAAUCCUUUUCUAAAGGUAACUCCGCAUUACAAAUUUUACUUCUCAUGCUGAGGAAAUUUGUAAUGCAUUUAUACGACUACGAUACUUUUGCAGUUCAUACGGACUCCGCAGCUGCAUUUCCGGCCCCCGUCGCGGCCACGCUUUUUCCCUCCGCGGUCGUGGUACAUCAACCGAGAAGCGACCCGUCGAGUCGCGGCCCAACCCGGCAGACGUCGUCCGGUUCUUCCAUGCGCCAGAGCAUCACAAAACUGAUCGACAAGGCAAAGCAGGUUCUCGACCAUGAUAAGAGCUCUUCGAAAGUGCUGGCGAACAAGAGCGUGGAAGAGGAGCCAGAGGCAGAAGAGGAACUACAACUCCAGUACGCGGAUCGCUCUCUGCCACCAAAACGGAAACCGCGAAAUCACCGCAAUCGACCACAACCCUACAUGACCACCUUCAUUGCAAGGUACGAUGGACUAAGUACGGUUUUGCAUCUAUCACGAAUGAUCUACUGAAAGAAUAGAACAACAAUUAUGCAGAUUUUUGUUCAUUGCAUUUGCAGAUGAACAUAUGCACGACGGCCCUGUUCCUUGUCCCUCCAAUUGUCUGUAAGCCCUCUGCUGGUGCAAUUGGCUCGCGAUUUGAUCUGCCCUCGCCCUUGCGGUUUACCUCGCACAAACUCAGACUCACAUCUGGAUAUUACGUUGCGCCGAGGUAGUGCUUACUCGAGUAAAUGUAUUGUAAACAGAUCACAUCCGCCUAGAAGAGAAGAAGAAGCGAAUGUCCAAAAAAAAAAACGCCCAUCAACAUCACAGAUACGAGGAGAAGCUCCGCAACCUCUUGUUGGAGCAGGAUGCGUGGAACGUUUUGGAAACAUGCGAAGAGCUCGCGCUGCGCUCGGAUCACCGGAGGGAAUUCAAGCAACAUCAGAAGAAGCUGCAGGCCAAGAAGAUGGCUGACGUCGGUGGCACGGACACAAACCCUGCUGUCCCAGCUGAAGACGAGGAAGACGACGAGGACACUUUGGACUAUCAAAGUGGAAAAAGCCCCCUCCCCAUAUUGAAACGGAAACUUCUGUUGCUGGAUUUGUGUACACAAACCAGCCCUGUCUUGCAGCGAGGCACUACAGGCAAAGCCUCAGCCUGCGUAGGGGUGUUUUGUUGUAGGCUCUUGGCAUAAGAGAGGGCUGCCAUGUAGGUGAAACAGCAUUACAAAUCGCCUCCAUAAGGCGGCGGAUUCUUGUGGUUUGCCUUCUUGCAAGACAGAUGUGAUUUGUGGCCUCAAAUCCGCAACACAAAUUUUUGCAAACAUACCUUUUCGAUAUGGGGAGGGGGGAUUUUUCCUCUCAAUAUGGACGAAGAUUUGUUUGAAACGGCCAAACGCCAGUACUUAUGCAUUGCAAAAGUAUCGUACUCGUAUAAAUGCAUUACAAAUUUCCUUAGCAUGAGAAAUAGAAUUUGUAAUGCGGAUUUGUUGAGUUAACAAGAAAACCAGCCACCCCCCGGCGAAGGCCGCCGGGGAGGGGGCUGUUCGGUGGAGGUGUUCCGGUGGGGAAGGUGGCGCCAGCAUUGAAUCGCUGCGCGCCGCUGCGCAACCAAAUAAAAAGAGCCCGGCCCAUGUUUCGGCAUCGGUGGGCACCCUGGGGGGCGCGCCUCUAGGGCGCUGCCUGUAUUACUAAUAGACGGCGCAAGGGCGCGUGCUACACUUCCACCUGCUGCUGCAUGCCCCGCCUUAGUAGCUGGCUGCGCGCCGUAAGAAAAUGCUUACAGGAAACUAUUUCCGGGCGCCAACGUUCAAGACGCCACAAGGGCGACGCACCUGCUGCCAGCCCGCGCGGGCGCUGUGGGAAAGAAGUUGCGGCCACCCUAGGUGGCCGACCAGGUUAAGGCGAGGCGCCGCGCCCCCUCUGGGGGACGCAGAGCGGCGCACGCACUUUGAACGGCCGCUCUGAUCUGAAAGCGAAAACAAUGCCAGCCGAUCGCUGCGCCCUAGCGAACUUCUUAAGGGGGCGCCGCGCGCAGACAAGUGGGCAGGCUGUGCAACUGGAGGUGGUCCACGAGAGGGUCCGGGAGAGGGUCCCGGAGAGGUUCGGAGAGGGUCGGGGAGAGGUUCGGAGAGGGUCCCCGAGAGGGUCCGGGAGAGGUUCGGAGAGGUCCCGAGAGGGUCCGCCGAGAGGUAAAAUAGAGGUUCCCGGAGAGGGUCACGGUAGAGGGUCGCCUAGAGGGUCGCCCUAUACUACGAACCCUCUCCGACCCUCUACACCCUCUUCCCCUACCCUCUAUUUCACCUCUCCCCAACCUCUACCCAACCUCUGCGCGCGUAUAGCUCCGCUUUAACGGCGUGCAUACUACGCACCCUUUCCCUAUCCUCUCCGCUACCUCUCGUUUUACCUCUCCCCGACCCUCUCAUUUUGGCCGACCCUCUAUUUUACCUCUCCGACCCUCUAUCUUACCUCUCUAAAACCUCUCCCCAACCUCUACUGUACCCUCUCCCGCCCCGUUUUCUUCCAUAUGUAAAUAUACCAGCCACCCCCCGGCGGAGGCCGCCGGGGAGGGGGCUGCUCGGUGGAUGUGUUCCGGUGGGGAAGGUGGCGCCAGCAAUGAAUCGCUGCGCGCCGCUACACAACCAAAUAAAAAGAACCCGGCCCAUGUUUCGGCAUGGAUAGGCACCAUGCCCGGCCUCGGUAGUUGCGCGCCCUGGGAAAAUGCGCAUAGGAAACUACUUCCGGGCGCCAACGUUCAAGACGCCACAAGGGCGGCGCAGCUGCUGUGAGCGCGCGCGGGCGCUGUGGGAAAGAAGUUGCGGCCACCCUAGGUGGCCGACCAGGUUAAGGCGUGGCGCCGCGCCCCCUCUGGGGGACGCAGAGCGGCGCACGCACUUUGAACGGCCGCUCUGAUCUGAAAGCGAAAACAAUGCCAGCCGGUCGCUGCGCCCUAGCGAGCUUCUUUAGGGGGCGCCGCGCGCAGACAAGUGGGCAGGCUUUGCUCCUGGAGGUGGUCCGCGAGAGGGUCCCGGAGAGGGUCGAGGAGAGGGUCGGGGAGAGGGUCGGGGAGAGGGUCCGAGAGGGUCCCGGAGAGGGUCGGAGAGGUUCCGAGAGGGUCCACCGAGAGGCAAAAUAGAGGUUCCCGGAGAGGGUCGCGGUAGAGGGUCACAUAGAGGGUCGCUCUAUACUACGCACCCUCUCGGACCCUCUCGACCCUCUCCCCCUACCCUCUAUUUGACCUCUGUCCACCCUCUACCUACCCUCUUCGGGCGUAUAGCGCCGCUAUAAGGGCCGACAUACUACCCACCCUCUCCCUACCCUCUCCUUUACCUCUCGUUUUACCUCUCCCCGACCCUCUAUUUUUUCCCGACCCUCUACUUUACCUCUCCCAACCUCUAUUUUACCUCUAUCAAACCUCUCCCCACCCUCUACCGGAACCUCUCCGGCCCCAUUUUCUUCCAUAUAUAAAUAUAUUAAUUAAUUUGUAAUGCAUGAUUGCAAUACGAAUACGAUACUUUUGCACAGGAUAAUACUUCGUGGCCAACCACAGUUUGACGGAGAUGAGUUUCGACUGCUCCAUAUCCUGAGUAAAAACGUACCCACGCCAGAGUUGUAGCGCAGAUUUGCAAAGACAAGAAGACUUGUAAUGCGCAUCCGCAUGAGAGCCAUUUCCAGUCGUGUAUUGGAAUUUGUGAUGCUGUGAACAGGAUGAGCAGAUGCAUCUGUGACGCGGCUGCACUUGCUAACCUGCACAACACUGCAGAGUGCAACUUAUCAUGCGUGACUCACAAAACUCCUAGGCUUGUGUUGCAAAAUCCCCAUCCUGACUCUGGUGUGGGUACGUUUUUACUCAGGAUACUCCAAGGAUGAGCUAACCCAACUGCUGAACCAGGUCGAGAGCCAGGGGAAGAGGUUGCACAAACAGCUGGUCAAAUGCCUGCAGAAGUUGAAAGACAAUCCGCAAAGUAGUAUUCAUUUGUUCCAUGACACUACCGGCCCGUCGGAGCAGAAUUCUCUCGCCCCCAGAUCGGGACCUGGUUCCGCUUCCGUCUCGCGCGCGAGCAGUACCGCGGCGGGUCCCCGCAGCGAGAGUCGGGGAGGCAAACAGGAAUUGCUGCAGCAAAGCCUACAACGGUACAACGACGAGACGGAGUUAGCGCAACUGAAAGACAAGCUGAUCCAGGUAUCAUUUUUUUUUCAGAAUUAUAUUGAAAAUGUUCUUUCGUGUUGACAGACUCUGGUGUCCUACUAUACAACGUACCUAGAUCAUCUAGAUGAUGAUGUAUGCAAAAGACAACAGAUCCUUUUUAUUUUGUGACGCACGUGCAAGCGCAAGAACGUUAUUUAUCGCAGAAAAAUGAAAUAAAUCCGCUACAGGCCCGCAAUUGGAACUCGAAUGUCGGAAAAGACUACCUGCGAGUCCCGGCCGCGGUUUUGAAAGAGGCUGUGACGGAACUCAAAAAACGCAACGUAAACACCUCAUCGAAGCCGACAACGCCCGUCUUCACUUCGUCGUCACAUGGCACAACAUACGCAGUGCAAGAGUGCAAGAUUAUCGUACCAACACUGACCCUAGAUCGCAUUUUUCAAAAGGAGCCUUUCGCAAAAAUUCAAAUUGGAAGAUUUGUAUCAAGAUGCUGACUAACGUAGACAAUUUAAAGCGGCUGCAUGUUUCAUCUUGUUCAUGAAAAAAUAUUGCAAUAUGCUUUAUGCGCGUACGGUACGAUACAUUUUGAUUUUUCCCGAGGAUAAUAUCACGAAGCCGAAGGGUGCAGCUGCUGCCGGUCCUACAGCUGAGGAGCAGAAAUCCCUGAAAACAUUUAACCGACACGCUGCUCGGGGAGCCACCGCAGAAGACAGCAAAGAAACUUGUACUUCAAAGGCGGAGGACAACUUCUACACGGUUGGCGCUAGCGUGGACGAGGAAUUCGUAAUUAUUUGUAAAAUUUUAUUUCAAGGCUUUAUGUUCUGCUCUACCACAAGCACAACCGUAUAUCUGUUCUACGAAUUACAGAGAUAAGAGUCUGUACACCUAAAUGUGCAUAUUGAUAUUGUGAUCAAGCACCUGCAGAUGAAAAGUCAUCAACUACAUUCACAGAUGAUUCCGGGGGCGCGCAAAAAUCCGAGAAAAGUUUUGUUCCGCAAACUGUAUUCGCUGUACCGGUUUUCCAUUAGCAAGCUCACUGAGGCGGAGGCGGAGGAGGAGUAUGAGAGCAUCAAUUACAGCGGUCGGACAAAACAGCCCGGCAGUGACGGUGUAAGAGCAUCAUCUUCAAGUAGACGCAGAAGAAGUACGACAACAUCCCCCGGCUCGUCGUCAAAGGGCACUACAAGAGCAACGACGAAAAACAUCAGCCCAGCAAACACGAUCCACACCUUCCUGGCCCACGAGCUCCGUGCCUUGUACGAUACCUACAGUGCCAGUUGCAGGAGCCUCGCAGAAGUAGGGGUGGCUUCGAAGAUGCAACCAGUGGUACAGCCACGACAUGUUGCCAAAUUUUGACUGUUGGGCGAAAAAGAAUACCAAUACGACCGUGCAGGGGAACAUGGUGUACUUUUAAACGUGAAGCAAUAGAUCUGCACGACCAGCAAUGCUAGGAUAGAAACAAGAAAUGAUUCUUGAUCAUCAUGAGAUUUUUUGUACCGAAAAGAAGUGAGAUGUAAUGACGCAGGUAGUUAACGCUGUGGGUGGGAGAGAACGCAUUAGUGAUUUUUCUUUGGAAAUGUUUCGACUGUCAUUUGUUUUUUCUUUAAAGAGGACCUGAGAACAUUAACUAAGGCACCAAACAUUGAGUUGUUUUGAGCCACUUUUUACACAAAGUAUAGUGGCACUUCUUCACGGGUUAUUUCAAUUAUGUGGAAGAGCACCCAAAGAGCAGACAGGCAAGCAACCCAUCUUCGCCUACUCUUCGCCGGAGGCGGUGCGCAUGCACAUGAUGCACAGGAUCACAUCUUCAAAAUCGUCAGACUAAAAACCAAAU